AGUGAGAGGCCCGCGUACCACAAAAAAAUAAAAAUAAAAAAAUAAAAUAAAUUAAAAACUACAUAGUAUCGUUUACAGAGUACACUGCAUAAAUAUCGAAAAAAUUUCAAGAAUACCAUUCAGACAUUAAUUCUGACAGAAAAUAAGGAAUACUCAUGCAGCCUAUAUAAAUUUACUAACAAAUCUUAGAAAUUGACAUUUGAAUUGACCAAUCUGUAGAGUUUGGUUACAUAUAUUCAUUUUCUACCUUUCUACAGAUUCAAACGAGCUAUAUAAGAAGUGGAAUCUCUAAGAAUGGCCUCCCAGAGCUCAAGCCUCUGGAAUGAAACAACUACAUCUGUUUAUCAGUACUUUGGUUUUCAAGUUCAAAAAAUUUACCCUUUCCAUGAUAACUGGAACACUGCCUGCUUUGUCAUUCUGCUUUUAUUUAUAUUUACAGUGGUAUCUUUAGUGGUGCUGGCUUUCCUUUAUGAAGCGCUUGACUGCUGUUGCUGUGUAAAAAACAAAACUGUGAAAGACUUGAAAAAUGAACCGAACCCUCUUAGAAGUAUGAUGGACAACAUCAGAAAACGUGAAACUGAAGUGGUCUAGUACUCUACAUAAGAUGAACAAAAGCUCUGAAAACAGCCGUCAAUUACUGAGAAAAAAAGAAAAAUUUCUGAGGUCAACCGUUAUUACAAAACCGACUACGAAUAAUUAAAAGAUUUCUACUAGAAGGGAAAAACAAGUUAAAUAUGCACUUUCUGUGUGUGUAUCGAUUUCAUUAAAUAUACUAUAAAACUUUCACAAAUGUGAAUAAUUUACGAAUAAUUUACCAAUCUAUUUAAAAUAACACUUCAAAAACUAGUUAAAAGAUUCCUAGAGCUCAAUACUAGGCAUUAAAAAGUAAACUGGAAACCAAAAGAAAGGCUAAUGAUCCCAAAAUAACAUACCUAAACAAACCAUGUGAACUAAAAAACAGAGUACUAUCCUUCAUAUAUUUUGGUAAUUAAAAUGCUACUUAAAAUACUUAUCUAAAUCCACAGUAAAAUAUUCCCACUUAUACGUAAGUCCCUACUUACUAAGAAGCAAUACUUUCUAGUUUAUUGAAGACAACUGAAAUAUUUUUAAAGAUUUAAGUUUUAUGUAGGAUUAGUGUGGGAAAAAAAGACUCAAAAUACUCAGCAAGGUCACAAGGACACUUGCAUAAACUUUUCAUAAAAUUGACUUACUGUUUAGUAAGAAAUACAUGGUCUAAGAUGAGCUGUUUUCAAACUAAAACUUUCUAGCAUACCCCCCUAAAUUGCAUUUCUUGAGCUUGUUCUUUCAUUAUGUCUCUCGCAUUCACACUCCUAAGGACUAAGACACCCAAUGCAAAAAGACUGCCAGGUAACUCCCUGACAGUUCAGUAGUCAGGACUGGAUGAUUUCACUGCCGGGACCUGGGUUCAAUCCCUGGUCCGGGAAUUAAGAUCCCGAAAGCCGCGCAGUGUGGCCAAAAAAAAAAAAGACUGCCAAAAAAGUCAAGAGCAAGUCAAAAGCUAGGACCACUUAACACCUGUUAAGAAAUAUGGCAAUCUUAUUUCUUGGAAUGCCAAAGGCUGUACAGUAUUAUAUUUUAUAACCCUGACACUAUUUUGCUGCUACCCAUGAGCAAACCAAAAUAUGCUUUUAACCACUACACUAUAACUGCCCUUAGACCAGAAAUGUCACUCCUGGAAAUUUAUUCUGAGAAAUUACUUCAAAAGAAAAAACUGAAGAUACAAAGAUGUUUACAAUAGCAUUACUCAAAAUAACAAAAUAAUUGGAAGUAACGGCACUUAACUAAAUGUGUCUCAUCAACAUUAAGAAGCAACUGAAAAUUAUGGCAAAACAGAAAAUACUUGAUAUGGGAAGUGAAAAAUAAGUAUCUGUCAUUUUCAACUUAAAGAGCCCUACAUGCCAGCCUGAAAUCACUUUUCCACACAAUGUUUUUAUAUAUUUUUUUAACAUUAGAAAAAAAUAACAUAACCAACUUUCAAAGGACUUGUGGAACUUAGGUAUACAAAAUAUUCUGGUAACCAAGAGCUACUCUGAGCACUUGUUAAAACCACAUUUUCAUAAAUGGAAAACUUUGGGGUCCUUGCCAUAGAUGGGAAGCAUACAGGUCCUUUGAUAACUAGAUUUUUUGAUAACCUACACUACCUUUUCCCUACCCUACCCUGUAAUCUAUUUAGCCAUUUAACAAAUAUGUACUGAGUGCUUCCAUGUGUGAGGGAUUAGGUUACAAUGGCAAACAAGUAAUCAUGCAAUUACAGUGGCACACAAUA